AUGAACCGCCUCUUCGCACCGCGUGCCCUCUCCCACGUCCCGGGGCCCUCCACCAUCCGCCCCGAACUCGCACGAUGCCGCAUCAUCUAUAAUACUCCCACCGCGCAAUCGCAAUCGCAAUCGCAAUCGCAACAACUUCGUUUCUUCCAAAACCUCUCGCCGCAAUUCCACCGCCGAGACCAAAAACGAACCUUCCUUUCCUCAUUUAUCCCCUCCCCCCCUCAAUCAUCCAACAAUGGCAACAACAACAACAACAACAAUGGGCACGACAAAGCCCGCAUCCUAACCGCCUCCCGAACACUCCCCUACAAGCCGGAACCCCUCUUCAACGUUAUCUCCUCCGUCGAAUCCUACGAGCAAUUCCUGCCCUUCCUCACGGCCUCAACCGUCACAGCACGUGACUCCGAAACAGGUCUUCCGAGCCAGGCAUACCUAACAGUCGGAUACGGGCCUCUCAGCGAGACGUUCACAUCAAAGGUUGACUGUGACCGCGCGAGAUGGGUUGUUGAGGCGAGGAGUGGCGAGCGGUUUGUUCAGCAAGCACCGAAGAAAGAGGCGUCCGGGUUAGGGGCGUUGGCUAGCCUUGCGGGGUUUCCGGGCGCGGAUGAGGGGAUCUUUGAAUAUUUGAGUACGCGGUGGGAAUUGGUUCCUGAGGCUGAGGCGAGCACCACGGUUAAACUGGAGAUUCGGUUUGAAUUUAAGAAUCAGUUGUAUGUGAGUAUGAUGAGUGCGGUGGAGGGGCAGAUGGCGCGGAUUAUGAUUGAGGCGUUUGAGAAGAGAAUUCGGGAGGUGCAUGGACGGUGA